CUAGGACCUGCGCGAAACCCGCCAGAGAUCCGCUCGAUCAGCGCAGCUCUAGUCUGGAGAGGCUGUUCACUGCGCACGGCUUCAUCAUCAUCCUCAUCAUCACCGACAACACAUCACACACACACGGAGCGGGUCGCCAAGCGCUCGGAGCCGCUCAUGAUGCGCAGGAUUCGGGCCAACGCCAUUCUCAUCCUCACCGUGGCCUGGAUCCUCGGCACCUUCUAUUACCUGUGGCAGGACAGCAAACCAUCCUCUUCUUCCUCCUCCUCCUCCUCGGGCUCCCAGCUGAAGAACCACGGGCAGAAAUCCUCCUCCGGGAGGCUGGAAGAGCGCACUCUUCCUCUGAUCGUGACUCAUGUACCAAAGGUCGAGCAGCAGGGUCAGCUCUUGGGCUUGUUUGAUGAAAAGGCUUUUCUAUCCAGUAAGCAGCUGAAAGCAGGUGAGGAUCCUUACAGAGAGCAUGCAUUCAACCUGCAGGAGAGCGACCGACUGGGGAGCGAACGCGCCAUCAGAGACACACGCCACUAUCGAUGUGCCUCUAUGACCUUUGAACCUGACCUGCCGCCCACCAGCAUCAUCAUCACUUUUCACAAUGAGGCGCGCUCCACCCUGCUGCGCACUAUUAAAAGUGUACUAACGAGAAGCCCACCUCAUUUGAUACAGGAGAUUAUUCUCGUGGACGACUUUAGCUCCGACCCUGAAGACUGCCGACUGCUCUCUCAAAUCCCAAAGGUGCGCUGCCUGAGAAAUGAACGCCGGGAAGGUCUGAUCAGGUCUCGUGUCAGAGGGGCGUCUGCGGCUUCGGCCUCCAUCCUCACCUUCCUGGACAGUCACUGUGAGGUCAACACAGACUGGCUGCAGCCCAUGAUCCAGAGAGUCAAAGAGGAUCACACCCGUGUGGUCAGUCCCAUCAUUGAUGUUAUCAGUCUGGAUAACUUUGCCUAUCUGGCCGCCUCUGCAGACCUGAGAGGAGGUUUCGACUGGAGUUUACACUUCAAAUGGGAGCAGAUUCCUAUAGAACAGAAAAUGGCAAGAAAUGACCCCACACAACCAAUCAGGACCCCUGUAAUUGCUGGAGGAAUCUUCGUAAUGGAUAAAGGCUGGUUUAAUCACCUGGGCCAGUAUGACACUCACAUGGAUAUUUGGGGUGGUGAGAACUUUGAGCUCUCAUUCAGAGUGUGGAUGUGUGGUGGCAGUCUUGAGAUCCUGCCCUGCAGUCGCGUGGGCCACGUCUUCAGGAAACGCCAUCCCUAUGAGUUCCCAGAGGGCAAUGCACUCACCUACAUCAAGAACACGCGGAGAGCUGCUGAGGUCUGGAUGGAUGAAUAUAAACAGUAUUACUACGCUGCAAGACCUUCAGCGCAGGGCAAGGCCUUUGGGAGUAUUGCAGAUCGGCUUGCACUAAGACGGAAGUUGAACUGUAACUCUUUCCGCUGGUAUCUUGAGAAUGUGUACCCUGAACUCAAAAUCCCAGAGCAGGAAGUGGUGUACAGUCUUCUGAAACAGGAUGGAUUGUGUCUGGAAAGUCACGGCACAGACAGUCUGGGUUUGGCUGAGUGUAAGACCACACCGAGCAUACCUGCCUCACAGAAGUGGACCCUGAUUGAACCACAGAUCCGUCAGCAUGACCAGUGUUUGGCCAUCACAGCCUUCACUGCAGGGUCGAAGGUCAGACUGGAGCCCUGCAAUGCCAAAGAGUCCAGACAGAAAUGGAAGCCUCGAGGGCCGGCAUUGCAGCAUAUGAUCAGCGGCUUGUGUCUGGAUAGCCAGCCCCCUUCAGGCCCACCAGUCAUCGCACAGUGCCGCCCCCAGGUGGCCAGCCAAUCCUGGGAGCCGCAGCUGGUCACCUGACUUGGAGAGCUCACAGGGAAGGCGGGGAGAGGGGAGGAGUUUAGUGAGGUUGCUGAGCUCGAGGUGCUGUAGGAGCCAGAGGAAAACGUUUGCACACUGUUUUAGUUGAAGGUGCUGCUCUCAAACGAAUCCAACAUGACCAUGUCCAAAACAUCUGACCUCAUAUAUUCAUUGUGGAAUAGCUGGAGAGGGAAAAGCAACAUUUUGCCUGCCAAAUCCAAGCCUGAAUGGCUGCGCUCAGAGCUUUCACUGUCCAGUGUUCUGGUUUUCUCAGAUACAGUCACUCUUUCAGACAUGGCCAUGAAGUUCACACAGCAUGGUUUUUUGUCAGUUGACAGGAGUGCGUUGUGACAUCUUGGCUUAUUUUCCUGAAUGUUGUGUUAAGGUCUCAAACGCGAGAGAAUAGAUAUGUAUAUAAAUGCCUUUUACUACCUUUCAGACCCAUGACCUGUAUAUUCCCUCAUUCUCACAAAGACUGUGUCUUUUGCAGCAUAGGCUUCAAUAGCUGUACUCAUGAAGGUCUGAAUUGUUUUUUUUUUCCCUUAUCACUGUGGAAGGUUUUCCGGUUGAUUUGUUCAGUAUUAGAUUGGGAUGAAGUGCAAUGCCUUGAGAUGAAUCUGCAUAUACCAUGGAAACUCGUUCAGCGACAGAAAGGCUUUAAGACUCUGAGAGGUUUAUCGUAAACAACAGUCAAAGAUUAGCAGUACCACGCUGGCUUACUAGACCCGUGUUGAAGAUGUUGGAAAAAUAAGGACAGAAAUGGCUCCAGAAAGAUCCACUAAACCCAAGGCUAACAUUACAAUGAAAUAACCAAAUGUUAUAUCAAACAAGCUUCGAGAUGUCAACUCAAAUGAGGUGUAACGCGCUUUUAAUGAGCUAUUAUUCUGCAUGGUACUGUACAUCAGCACAAUGAAAAGGCAUUUGCGAACAUCUAAAGCCCAAAGACUGUUUUUCCUCUGUCGCAUUUGUUUGCCUUUUGACACUUUGUAUUUACUUGAAGCAUUUUUCAUUUUGAACAUGUGCUAGAAAGCAGUUAUGUUGUUUGAAAAAUAAAGACUACCACCAAAAAAGACAACAAUCCAAAAAAAAAAAAAAUAUCUUGAGUCU